UGGUUAGUCGACGUUACGCCUGAUACGCAUUCUUGGCGCCAAGCGACCCCCGCGCAAUUGCGGACAAAGAGAAACGGAGUUGUCCUUUUUACAUUCAGGAUUGCGUUACUGGUAUCGAAAGCUGAGAUGGCCGAUAAAGAAGGUUUUGAUGAUGCUGUAGAGGAGCGAGUGAUCAAUGAAGAGUACAAAAUUUGGAAGAAGAAUACCCCAUUUUUAUAUGAUUUAGUGAUGACUCAUGCUCUUGAGUGGCCCAGUCUCACUGCUCAGUGGUUGCCAGAUGUCACAAGACCUGAAGGGAAGGAUUUUAGUGUCCAUAGAUUAGUUCUUGGAACACACACUUCAGAUGAGCAGAACCAUUUGGUCAUUGCCAGUGUACAGUUGCCAAAUGAUGAUGCCCAGUUUGAUGCAUCUCAUUACGACAGUGAGAAAGGAGAGUUUGGUGGGUUUGGCUCAGUCAGUGGAAAAAUUGAAAUAGAAAUCAAGAUAAAUCAUGAAGGAGAGGUUAACAGAGCUCGAUAUAUGCCACAGAAUCCUUGCAUUAUUGCCACAAAGACGCCAACCAGUGAUGUGCUUGUGUUUGACUACACUAAGCAUCCAUCAAAGCCAGAUCCAUCGGGAGAGUGUAAUCCUGAUCUGCGGCUCAGAGGUCAUCAGAAGGAAGGUUAUGGACUCUCAUGGAACCCUAACCUAAGUGGUUGUUUACUGAGUGCAUCAGAUGAUCAUACUAUUUGUCUAUGGGACAUCAGUGCAGUGCCAAAAGAAGGCAAAGUGGUGGAUGCAAAGACUAUCUUCACCGGACACACAGCUGUUGUGGAGGAUGUCUCCUGGCACUUGUUACAUGAGUCCCUGUUUGGAUCGGUGGCAGAUGACCAAAAACUCAUGAUCUGGGACACCAGAUCCAAUAACACUUCCAAACCCAGCCAUGCGGUGGAUGCUCACACAGCCGAAGUGAACUGUUUGUCCUUUAACCCAUACAGUGAGUUCAUUCUAGCCACCGGCUCUGCAGAUAAGACUGUUGCACUUUGGGAUUUGCGAAACUUAAAGUUGAAGUUGCAUUCCUUCGAGUCUCAUAAAGAUGAAAUCUUCCAGGUUCAGUGGUCACCUCACAAUGAAACCAUCUUAGCAUCCAGUGGAACAGACCGGCGACUCAAUGUGUGGGACUUGAGUAAAAUUGGGGAGGAACAGUCACCUGAAGAUGCUGAAGAUGGACCUCCGGAGCUCCUGUUUAUCCAUGGUGGGCAUACUGCUAAGAUAUCAGACUUCUCCUGGAACCCCAAUGAACCCUGGGUAAUUUGCUCUGUAUCAGAGGACAACAUAAUGCAAGUAUGGCAAAUGGCUGAAAAUAUAUACAAUGAUGAGGACCCUGAAGGUGGUACAGAUCCUGAAGUACAGGGAUGAACAGCUUCCCAGUUAAGACCUGAAAGUCUGACCUUGUUAGCCUGUUUCUUCAUUAGGUUUUAAGUAUCAUUUUGUUUUUCAGUUCAGACCAUGUGCUAAUUUAACUUUGGUGUUAGUUUUUUAAUUUUAUUAUUAUUAUUUUUUUAAUAAUAAGCUGACUUAAAGCCUUGUAAGGCCCUGCCUGUCAAAUCCGUAGAAGGAAGGCUACCUCUGCAGUUGAGGUAACCUUCACUUAUAACUGUAUAGCCACCACGAGGCAGUGUAAACAGAAACUCUGAUAUUCCAGUUUGUACAACUUUUUUCCCCUUAUUUUUUUCACUGCUUUGAUCAGUUUCUCUUGGCAUCUAAAGUUUGACAACUUUUUUGGGUAAUUUAUAAAUUCAAUUAUGGCAGAACACUGCUUUAAGACACUUGGGUUUUUUUACAUUCGCCAAAAGGCUUUCAUUGUUUGAUGCAAAUGUGAAACAAAGGUUUUUAUGUUGACCUUUAUAUUCUUAGUGAGAAGUGUUUUAGUAUUUCUCUAUUUCCAGUACAAUUACAAGAUUGAAUUAAAGUACAGAGAAUCUCAGACUGUCUGCUGGUAUUGGCAUUGCAGAAUUAUUUCUUCAUUCUAUUUAAAUUUUGUGCUGCUUGACUUCUGUACUUGAAGCACUUGAAAUCUGUAUCUUGCUGUUUUCAGCAAAAUGUAUUUCCUUUUUCUUGUAUCUUAAUGUUAUGUACCAAUUUGUUGCAAACCUUUCUGCUGUUCCUUAUGUUAGUAAGUGUAUAAAAUGCACCCAAAUAAAACAUUUUUUCUAUAA